UUUUCACCUCUUUUUCGUUCCUGUACACUGAAGCUGCUCAAAGACAAGCUGGGGGGGAGGAGACCGCGCGGUUCCGGUGGGUGCUGUCAAAAUAAAACCGUGCGUGACGUUGCCUCGAUAUUCCAUCGAAAACUCAAAUUCUAUUCAAAGUGACGCAUACUGUCCCCGAAUGUAAUUGAACUCAACGCGUGUGUAGUGUUGCGUAAUUGCUGCCCUGGAAGACGUUUUGUGGCGGUUAAUGUGAACCCUUAUUUUGAAAUUGCGAGACGGGCUUGUGCUAAAUCAGGCGAAUUUGACUCCUUCGGACGCCUUCGCUAACAAACUCAAAUGUUGGCGAAAUAAACCGUUUUUUUUUGGGGGGGGGGGGGGUUUCAUCUUUGAACAUUUUGUGUCGUUGUAAUGCCAAAAGGCGAGCUCGUUUGAUAUGUCGUUAAAGGUUGUUCGUCUUGACAAAGCUGCUGGAGUUUGUGUGUGUGCUGGCAGCGCCUUUGUACACACUAAAAUCAAGACAAACACGCUAUAAAGUGAAUCAUUUACCAAGCGAAUGUUGGUUUUGUUAUGAUUUCACUGCAACAUUUAGAAACGCUGCCUUUUCCUUACGCUUUCCCGCUUACGUGUGUUGCUAACCAUAGAACAGGAAGUGCCGACCAAAGGCAGCAUUAUGCUCCAUUACAUGACGUAUUUCAGGUGUCCUCAAAGGAUUGGUCGUUUUUACCUCAUUUUAGUGCGCCGAUUUCCAACCACCGUGUCACGGAAAUGAUCCGAGAUAUCACGUAAUGGUCCAAAGAAUUAUGAAUUGACUACAAAUAAUGCAUCUUUUUCAUCGGUUGAUACCAGUGACGACACAAUUGGUCCAGCGAGAGUCUGAUGCAGCGUAAGUUGUUACGUCCAACUCAAGUACACGUUAGAUUUGGCCUAAGCAAACAGCGCAAAGGCGAACACCGUUCUCACGUUUCGCUGUGACGGCCUUUUUUUCCUCAAGCACUAAUUUGUUUAGGCUGCCCAAUAACAGAAAUUGUUCGUGAACCAAGAAUAGUGCGGCAGCUGAGGACAUUUUGAUUGACAAAUUUAGUUGGACAACUGAAUUGUUCGCGGACCGGAAUUAGCGCGUGAACCAGGUACGUGCGCGCACGGCCAUUAGGUGGUGCUCAAGCACCGUUCCCUUUUGCCCUGAACCAAAUAAACACCCUCUCUGCUGCAGUCUAUAUUUUUCGUCAUUGAUGAAUAUUUAAAAACAAACAAACUCUCGUCAUCAAUGGAAAGCAAAGUGUUUUGAACUCUGACAAGCAUUUAUUUGAGUUCUAGGGAGAAUUGUACAUGCUCCCGCCUUGCCGUCGUCGUCCUCCUUCCAAAAACGGGGGUGUGUAGACUUUUGAUACCCCCUGUAGCCUCACCUUCUCCUUUUGCGUUAAUGGUUGUAUUACUGACGACACGCGUUGAUUGUGUUUAGACUUUACAUCGAUCCGAUCGGUAUCGGACGAUAAUGAUCAUUUAACGCAGAUCGGCUUUAAUGUCGUAAUUCGCCGAUCUGCGCAAAAAAACAUGAACUCUGCGUCGCCGUCGUGUAUGUUUGAAUCCAAAAGCGAGUUCUAUUUUAGGGGAUACUUUUUCUCCCCUAUUCCCAAUUUUAAAAUAUUGAUUCGUAUGUUGUAAUAUAUGUUUGUGUUUGUUCCACGAUUGAAGGCGUUCAAGUCUUCUCUAGCAAAGCGGCGACUUUGGAAGAACGUUCUCCCAAGUUGUGUCUUCCGUCCCUCAGGAGUUCCUUGUGAAAGCAGGCGAUGCGGUUGCUUGCCAGGCGGCGCGAGAAAGUGCCGGCGCCCGCAUCCAAUUUCAAAUCCAACGCCACGCAACGCCCUUUCUUCUCCUGUUCGUUUCUUUGCCCCCGAUGUAUGCAGUGCGACGGCAAGUUCGACUUCAUCAGGCGCAAGCACCACUGUCGGCGUUGCGGCCGCUGCUUCUGCGACAAGUGCUGCGGCAAGAAGGCGGCGCUGCCGCGCAUGAGCUUCGUGGACCCGGUGAGGCAGUGCGCCCGCUGCGCCCUGCUGUCGCACAAGGAGAGCGACUUCUACGACAAGCAGAUCAAAGCGCUGCUGGCGGGAAGUUCCUUCGCGGUCACCGUGGGAGCGUCCGACAAGUGUGAAACGAUGACUUGCCGCCUCUCCAACAACCACAGGUACCUGUUCCUGGACGGCGAAAGCCACUUUGAGGUGGACUUGUCCGGCAUCUGCAGCAUGCAGAUCCUGACCGAGGCCAGCGGUCCAGGAGAGAACGAACGGAUCGACACGUACGACGGCCUGCUGGACGCUCGGUUUGCCUGCGAAGGCACGUCUCCGCGCGCUAGCGGCAUGCUAGUCCGCUACAAGCCGUCGGGCUCGCAGGACGCGCAGCAGCUGCGAUUGGACGGCGCCGCCGCCGGCGACCAGAAGACGACGACGGCGGCGUGGCUGGCGGCCAUGCACAAGGCGACCAAGCUCCUGCACGAGUCUCGGGAGCUGGAGUGAGUCCGAGAGGAGCCGACCCGCGCGGACGCCGGCGGCUCGCCGCUUCCGCAAAGUUCCCGCCGUCUCCGGACGCCAUUUUCUACCUUGUUUACUACUUCAAACGUCGGCCCUUUUCUCUUGCCGUUUCUACUAAGAACCUUCUCGGAACUCCCGGAAAGCCGUUUGAGCAUUUAUCGGAUAUCGUACUAGCGCGCCGAAUCGGCUCACUCGCGGCAAACGAGCAUACCGGCGCCUCCAGGACGUCCAGCUGGAUAAAUGCGCAAACGUUUUUCCAGCCGUUGCGUGAGGAGUGCGACGUUCUGUCCUGGUGAAGUCCACAAACACGUCACGAACAAGAAGCUGAUGUCCGCGUUGUGUCGUCGUCGGGAAAGGAAUUGUGGGAAAUGUAGUCCUGAAGGCGCCGGAUGUGCAUCUUGAUACUUUUGACAGCGUUGGUCUUCCUCAUCCUCGUGCUUUGGACCUCGGUCGGGUUUUAAAUGGCCCCCUGACGUAGCAGGUUGGGGAGCAAAAAAACAUUUCCAGACAGAUGACGAUGAUGAUGAUGAUGGUUGGGAAUUUUGGAAGUUUCAUGUUUCGGGCUAAAAUAUUUGGGUUGGGACUGCUGGGCUUCGUGUUUGUUUAGCGUUAGGAUGCGAAUGUGAGGGGUUAGGGUUGGGGUCAGAGUUCAGGCGACAGUUAGGCUUCGAGCACGGUUGGGCAAAGUAUGGCCCGGGGGUCCAAAAAUAGCUCACUGCGUUUUUUUUUAAUCCGGCCCAUCUUAAUCAAUAGGUUUUUGUUUGUUUGUUUGUAUGAAGGACGGGACGGACGGGACGGCCCAAAUCGGAGCAGCCGAAUGAAGGACAACUCGUAUUAAUCGCGUUUGGCUGACAAAAUGUCUUCUUCGGCUUUUAGCACUGCUGCUAAAGAUGAUUUUUCGAUGCUUGGCACCCAAAAGUUGACCAGCUUCACUAAAGCGCGCGCGUGCGCCGAGAUUCAAUUGAUUUGUACGCCGGCGCCUCAUUUCUUGACGUCAUUUGGAAAUAAAAAGCUUCCGACUC